AUGCCCGGCUCCACCUCCUCCACCACUACUGCCUCCUCUGCUGCCGCCUCCCCUGCCUCCACCUCCGCCGCCUCCACCUCCGCCGCUGCCUCCACCACCACCGCUGGCACCACCACCACCGUCUCCGCCGCUGCUGCCACCACCACCACCACCACCCCCGCCACUAGUCCCGCCGCCACCCCCACUCCCUCCGCCGCCACCGCCGCCACCGCCACCGCCCCCCCCAGCUCCACCCGCGCCCUUGCCUCCCUUGCCCUUGCUGGAGCGACGUCUCUCACUAGGGGCAGACGCCGCGCCGACCGACUCAAGACCAAGUAG